UGGGUGGUUUGUGUUUGUGCCGGCUUGGAGUUUGCGUAUAAGAGGAGGCGAUGAUCCGACUGGACUGUCUGAUCUGCCAUCACCAAUAAGUUGACGAGACUCAAGACAUUGUCCUAUAUCCUGCAUCUGCCUGCUUAUAUAUAGCUCUGUCUAUCCCUUGGCUUGUUCAAUCCAUCUCUAUUACCAUCUCUCUUGUUCCAAUUCAUCUCUCUAUUACCACGAAGAGUCUGAAGCUAUCCAUCACACCUCCAUCACACCUCCAUCACCACCACCACCACCACCACCAUGUUGAGCCUCUUGUCUACUCUCCUCCUCGUUGGCUCGGCCCUGGCCCUGCCCUCUCGCGUCGUGCCUCGAGAUGCCGACACCUCCUAUCCCCCGCCUCCCGCCACCACCGCCACGGGAUGCACCGCCAGCUCGACAAAGGUCUCCAAGUGGACUGUCGACGACUUCGACUUCCACGCCUCGUACACCUUCUCGACGCCCGCCCACCAGAACUCGUGGGGCUACGUCAACUUCACGCUGAGCAACCCGGCGCUCGGCUACACGCCCGUCUGCAGCGCGGCCUCGGACCAGCUCUCCGACUUCUUCUACGGCAACUUUGUCUACAACUGCGAGGUGCCCGCCUCCGCCGCCGCCGACAAGGCCACCUUCACCUUUGCGCGGCCCACCAACAGCCUCGCCAUCAACCAGACGUGGCACUGCGCCGACGAGGGCAGCCGCUUCACGGCCCAGGGCGGCGUCCAGCUGAAUCUGACCUGCAGCGACACCACCUGGCAGAACCCCAACUGGCAGCCCGGCCAGAUCUACUCGCAGCGCACCGUCACCUGCGGCAAGGUCACCGCCCCUGCGACGAUUGAGGAGAUGAGCGCUGUUCUGUAGGACAGAAACAGCACCAUGUUCCCGCCGGCGCAGAGGACCAUAUCGGCCAUCCGUCACGUUUUGAUGAGGAAAAGCAUGCAUAAGACGAGGGUUUCGAGCGUGAAGAUGAAUGGGACAUAUUACUACAUAUAGGUAAUGUUUCUUUGGAAAAGAGGGGAUAUAUGACAUGGUACUUUGUUACUUGCGAGGAGUUUCUUGUCGAUUUUAUUAUGUUUUUUUACGACUGUGAGCGAGUCACUCCUUUGACGAUCAACGACAUUCUUUUACAAUAAUGAUAAUGGGGAAAACUUACUGGGUUGGGUAAUUAGAGCAGGGGUGGGAUUCAUGAGAUGGCAAAACCUGCCUGUACCAUAGUACACAACGUACAUAUAAUGUGAAAUUGAUUCAAAGACG